AUGGCGGAGACUUUCAAUUUGCAGCUGCUGCUCGCCGUAGUCGUUGUUAUCGCAACUUUUAUCCUCCGACCUUUUUUUGGAGCAAAUAAGGUCUCACAUGAACCUCCGUCUGUCCCGGCGACAAUUCCGGUGCCCUUCAUCGGCCAUGUCAUUGGUCUCUUCUGGCAGAGAACUGCAUACUACACAAACCUAAGUUUGAAAUGGAAUUUUCCGAUCUUCUCCAUAUCAAUGUUCGGAGGCAAAGUCCAUGUGGUCAGCUCUGGUGAGCUGAUGCACUCCUUGCACAAACUCCCAAAAUCUGUUUCCUUCUGGUUUAUGGAGGCUAAAUUCACCACGCAGCUAGGUGGCAUGAGUGAACGGUCGUCGGCAAGUCUUACUGCGAAUCUCCACCCUGAAUCUCGGGAUUCAAGUCUGUUAAUAGAAGGACUGAAGGCCACGCAGCAUGCCAUGUCUCCGCAAGGUGGAGUUGAAGAUAUGAAUCGCGCUGCAGCUAAAGUCACAAAGGAGCGCUUGGAUGAGCUUCUGUCAAAGCCCGAGAGCAGGAGGAAUGUCGAUCUGUGGGCGUGGGUCCAGCAUGAGAUCACCGUGGUAACUACCGAGAGCGUCUACGGACCUGCGAACCCCUACCGAGACGAGAAGGUUGAAGUAGGGUUUUGGAAUUUUGCAGACGACACCAUUAUGCUGUUGAUGACUAGUGUUCUCCCGAAUAUCAUUGCAGCAAAGGCAUUGGCAGGAAGGCAGACAGUGGUUGAAGCAAUGGAUCGCUACUUCGCGGCUGGAAGUUACAAGGACGGCUCCUCGCUUGUCAACGCCCGGUAUUCUGCUCUGAAAGGCCACAUUGACGACGAGGAUCUCGCACGCUUCGAGUGCGUGAAUGGAAUUGCCAUCCUUGCGAACACUGUCCCAACCGCAUUCUGGACCAUUUAUCACGUAUUCAGUGAUCCGAUAGUACUCGAAGAAGUCCGGCGACAGGUGACAGCUAUCACCACGUCGGAAAUGUCACUAGAAGGGGACGUGCGCACCAUCGACAUUCGUCGAUUAAAAGAAGCGCCUAUCCUAUUCUCAACGAUCCAAGAAGCGCUUCGUCUUCGAGCUACCGGAACGGGGCCUAGAAUGGUCAUGGAAGACAUUUCUGUCGGGCAAGAAGGCUACCAGUUGAAAAAGGACUCCGUUGUCAUCAUCGCUAACAAAGCACUGCACUACGACAAGGCAAUGUGGGGUGAGACGGCAGAUACCUACGUAGCCGAUCGGUUUUGCGGACGGACGCCAGCGCAUGCGUUCCGGGGAUUUGGGGGCGGCAUCAACCUCUGUCCAGGACGAGGGUUUGCAAUGGUUGAGGUUGCAGCGAUGGUGGCCAUGCUCACAGCGAGAUUUGAUAUGGUGCCUGCAACCUCAGGGGGGUGGUGUGAGCCAGGGCAGGACAUGAGUAACAUGUCGCUUCAGAUUGCGCCUCCAAGGAAGAAGGUGAUGGUAGACCUGGUGCGCAGGUCGGAUUUGGACGACGCGUCGUGGCGAUUUGUGGUGUAA